AUUGGUGGAAAAAAGGGAAGAGAGAGAGAGAGAGAGGGAGGGAGAAAGGGGUCGGAGCGUGACUGUCAAAUCUACAUAUUCUCUCAUAUCUUCUCUCUCUGUCUCUCUAUCUCUCUCUCUCUCUCAGCAGAAGAAAAUGUUGCAGAUUUCCAAGGACUGGUUUUGAUUGGAUUAUUAUUUUUUUUCACCUGAAAAUGGAGGGGGAUACAUUUUCAGGCCUUGGCAAUGGAGCCCAAGUAGAUCACAAGGUCUUACAGACCUUCCAAAAGAGCUUUGUUCAGGUCCAAAACAUCUUAGAUCAGAACAGGCUUCUGAUCAAUGAGAUUAACCAAAACCAUGAGUCGAAGAUCCCCGACAACCUCAGCCGAAAUGUGGGCCUGAUCAGGGAGCUGAACAACAACAUCAGGAGAGUUGUCGAUCUCUACGCUGACCUCUCCUGCUCCUUUGCGAAGUCUAUGGAGGCCUCAUCCGAGGGGGACUCUGCCGGGACCUUGAGAUCAGAUGGGAAGCCCGGCCAGAAGAGAAUUAGGCCAGGAUAGGGAUCCAGCUUCCUUCGUACAUGCAUUGAUUCUUUGACAAGGUGGAGAUGGAAAUCAUCGCGAAGAUGUUAAUGGCGCAGUUAGAAUUGGAAUUGGGAAUUGACAAGAUUAUGUAACUUUGUAUCAGUAGAAAUGUAAUUCGAUUCGAAAAGAUGUUUCUUUAGCCAGGAGUUAGAAAUAAUAGGUGAUUUUCUUGAGCUGUAUCUUCAAUGUGUAACUUCUUCAAUCUCACUGAAACCAAUCUUGCUUGUGCCUUA